AUGUCUUCCAACACAGAUAACCAGAUGACGAGGUUUCUCUUCGCCAUCCUGAAACAGAAAAACUUGAAAGACAUUGACUGGAACGCCGUUGCCCAUGAUCCGAUACUGGCACAGCCCAUCACCAACGGGCAUGCUGCUCGCAUGAGAUACUCCCGUUUCCGCUCUGCGAUGCUGGGCCUUGAGCCCCAGAAGCGCAACAGAGCCACCGUAGCAAAUAAGAAUCGGGUCACGAAAAACAAAAAGGAGCAGAAGCCGCCCAAAAAGGAGGAGGAUUCCCAUGACGAACGGGUCAAGCCCGAACCAGGGACGCUCGAGUCGAUACGCCACCACGCCGAAGCCCGUCCUAGGUCUCCUGUCAGAGUCAAACAGGAACACCACAAAACUUCCUACCGGCAACAGUUUACACCAACGUCCAUGGCGUCUCCCACCGCCACGGAAUGCCAGCCCACCUUCCAGCCGAGAAUGCUCACUCCCUGCAGCGACGACAUGUUCUCGGCACCGCAAAACUUACAGUUCAGCCCGUCCACUACCCUCAUGGGCGCACACCCGACCUUCGAUCUCCCCCAAGCCAUGUCCUGUGCCCACGAUCAAGACCACCACCAGCACAACCACGACCACAACGCCUGGGCCCCUAGUCCAAUCUACUCAGCCUUUGACGCCGCCUACGACAUUGAGGGGUUUGGAGUCGGUGUCUUGUGCGAUCACCAACAUGUUCAAGGGCAUAAUGACGAUAUGCACGGGUCGCCUGCCCUUGGCUCCCUGAUGCCGGAACACAUGCAUAUCAAGAACGAGCACUGGGACGCUCAGUUCCACUCUUAA